CCGGAGGAGGCACCAAAAUCUGACAACCUCACCUCUGGACAGGACCUGCCCACCCUCCACUCCUGACACCAUGACCCACUCGUGCUGCUCCUCUUGCUGCCAGCCUACGUGCUGCAGGACCACCUGUUGCCGGACCACCUGCUGCCAGCCCAGCAGCUGUGGGUCCAGCGGCUGUGGGUCGAGCUGCUGCCAGCCUUGCUGCCGCCCAACUUGCUGUCAAACCACCUGCUGCCGGACCACCUGCUGCCAGCCCAGCUGCUGUGGGUCCAGCGGCUGUGGACACAACUGCGGUGGGUCUAGCGGCUGUGGGUCGAGCUGCUGCCAGCCUUGCUGCCGCCCAACUUGUUGUCACACCACCUGCUGCCGGACCACCUGCUGUCAGCCCAGCUGCUGUGGGUCCAGCGGCUGUGGACACAACUGCGGUGGGUCUAGCGGCUGUGGUUCCAGCUGCUGCCAGCCUUGCUGCCGCCCAACUUGCUGUCAAACCACCUGCUGCAGGACCAACUGCUGCCAGCCCAGCUGUUGUGGGUCCAGCGGCUGUGGACAAAACUGCUGUGGGUCCCACUGCUGCCAGCCAGUUUGCUGUACCCCUGUGUACUGCACGAGAACCUGCUACCACCCCACCUGCUGCUGCCUGCCUGGGUGCCUAGCCCAGGGCUCUGGAUCCUGCUGCCAGCCUUCCUGCUGCUGAUUGCCUCGCCAAGAACCACCAUCUGAUUUACCAUUUGGGAAAUAGUCACUGCUCAACGUUGCAGAAAGCCAGCAUGCAAUACCCAAUAUCUCUGUUAUUUAUCUCUCUUUUUUACAAGCUUGUGAAUCAGCUUGAUAAAGUGUGGACUCCCUCUCCCUGA